AUGAAAAGGAGUAACCCUGUUUCCUCGAAGUGGCAUAGAAAAUAUCACAAUCAUGUUAAUUAUGUAGACAAUCCUAGUAAAAGACCCAAACUAGUGGUUACAGAAAAGUGUGUGAAAAAUGUGUUGAAUGGAUUUCCAUGGCUAUACUCAAAGGAUGUAAAAAAUUCAGAUGAGUUAGUUUUGUAUAGUCCCUGUAUAGUUAAUAUAAAAAAUGAAUAUGAUGAACAUUUAGGAAUAGGAAUAUAUAACAAAAAUUCUGUUAUCGCAUCAAGGAUAUUAAGCACAAAUAUAAACGAUUUUAUAAAUGAAGAAUUUUUUACUUUGAGAAUUGAAAAGGCAUAUAAAAAAAGAUUAGAGCUAUUUCCAAAUGAUAAUUUUUUCCGCGUUGUUAAUGCAGAAAGUGAUUUUUUACCUGGAAUUAUUAUAGACAAAUAUGACAAACUAACAUGUGUUCAAAUAAACGCAAGUGGCAUGGAUAUACUUUUACAUAUCAUACUGAAAAGUAUAGAGAAUGUAUUAAACCCAGAUAUAAUUAUUUUAAAGAAUGAUAAUAAAAUAAGGAAAUUAGAAAAAUUACCUUUAAAAAAAGAGGUUUACAAAGGUGUAUACAAUUCACCAAUAGAAGUAAGAGAAAAUGGAUUAACAUUUUUCGUAGAUAUUUUACAAAGUCAGAAAACAGGUUGGUAUUAUGAUCAAAGACAUAAUCGUUCCAUGCUCAUUCCGUACUGCAAAAAUAAAAGGGUAUUAGAUUUAUUUUCUUAUGUUGGCUCGUUUGGUAUUACUUUAGCUUAUUAUGGUGCUAAGGAAGUGACAUGCGUUGAUUCAUCUUAUGAUGCUAUUCAGAAUGGGAUUAAAUCAGCUCAAUAUAACAAUGUGCUGGACAAGACCAAUUUCGUGCAUUCAUGUGUUAAAAAAUUUCUUAACAUUUGUUUAAACACGCAAAUGUGGGAUCCAUUCACGUAUAAGCACAUAAGUCAAGAAGUAAAAGUGAACAACGGAACACAAUGUGGAAAUCAAAAUGAAGAAAGGUACAAAAUAACACAUCAUAAAUCAUACGAAGAUCAAAAAAAACAUACAUGCAUGCAACAAAACGGGGAUACAUCAUCCCUAACUCCAAGCGGGCUGGAUCUAAUGAAAGUUGAAACGAAUAUGAAUUUGAACAAUUCAGGGAAAGACCUCGAUAUGAAUACUCAAGUAUGUGCUCAGUUACAUGAACAAGGGAAGGAGAAACUCCAUUCGGAUAUGCAGAAUAUAUUCAUAUACGAAAAGACUAAAAUAGAUGCAACGGAUAUAGGGGAUAUAGAAAAUUUAUUAAUUAAAAAUAAUAGAGUUGAUUUUUUAAAAAAAAAAUACGACGUAAUAUUAGUUGACCCACCAGCACUAGCAGGUAACAGUUAUUUAGUGCCUUCUGCUUUAAAAAUUUAUCAAAAACUUUUGUACAUAUCCUUUAAAAUUAUACAAAAGCCUGGAUAUGUGUUUGUUUCCAGUUGCAACAGAUUGAUUGGAUACGAGGAACUCCUUAUGUGUAUACGGAGGUCCUUAAAUUGGUCCAAGUGUGAAGGAAUAAUAAUAGGUGAAGGUCGAAUUAGUGCUGACCACCCUGUGCAUGUUUCGCUUCCAGAAACGAGGUACCUCACAUCUGUUCUCAUUAUGGUUAGUUAG